AUGUCGGGCCUUGACUGUGAGGACCUCUCGGACGAUUCGAACGAUACCCUCAGUGUAGGGUAUUCGUUUGACUUACCGCAGUACAAUCUGCGCGGUCUGAGGAUCUUUUGGGGACCGCGCCGCCGAGGCUCCGUUGACAAAGAUGACAGAAUUGAGUGGGAGACGUGUCGCAAUAGAGAUGCUCAUACCCAAAACAGGGAGGUUGAUCGUAACCUACCCGGCCGACGCUUCCUCGAGAGCCACGACCUCGUGGCCCUUCUGAUGGGACAGGCCAUCGACCUCGCCCUACGUAUGAUGGAAACUGAAAAAUCCGUCAACAUCAUGUCUAGGGUUGCCAAGCGUUUGGUUGACGAUUGCCCAGAGAAAAUCAAGCACAUCACACCCCAAAGUUCACCGCGGGAGGUCAAGACCUUGACCAAACGCUGGCUCGAAAAGCUCCGACAGCUGGAGUUCUUCAAGAUUCAGUUGACAGACUUGAGUGGCUCCCCAGCAGCAGUGUGUUACCGCGCUUGGACUAGAACCACUCGCAACGAGCCUGAAACCCUGGCCGACUACUACCCACACAAUGCCGGACUGCUGAUAAUCGAGCCAAGUUUGGUCAAGAAGCUCGUUUAUCAUGCUACAUCCCCCCAUGUCGACUCUCAUAUCGAACGACAGAAAUGCCUCUUCCAUUUGGCUAGCUUGAUCAUCGACGAGACUCAAUGUUUCUGGUUGGCGUUCCUAAUGCCCAAGAUGGCUAUGCCAGGAAUGAAGCAGCCUGUUGCAGUGCACUCCGAGGCUACUCGAGGUCUACUGGACAUCUAUGCACCGAAUGUCGGCUACCAUUGGAAGGCUGAAUUCUUCGGAGGACUGGUGUCCUUUCGUCAUUGCAUAAGCAGUCCGCGUGCCAAUUUCAACGAAAUUGGCGGUUUCGGUCGGAAUCUUUCGGUCGGUCAUGUGUAUCUCGACCGAGCAGAUAGCACUGAGCAGCAAAUCGUGAUCAACAGCAUCAUCCGAUGCGUACAGCACGGUAAGCAUAACCGUACGAGGCUACCGGCGAGAGCUACUACGCCGGGCAGCGAUUAA